AUGGUGAAGCGUGGAGGUCGAGGGCCCUGCAACGCCCUCCUGGGACUUCUUUUGGCGAGUUCAUGCCACUUCCUGGCACUUCUGGAGCAGGGAAGGGCCAUGACUGGAGCCUACUCUGGUAGGAUGUAUUUCCACAAGCCAGUUGGCUACUCCCCUGCAACCUCGGCAGUCAAAUCACCUGUGCAACUGCCCAGUGAUGAAGCCUUAGCAGAAUCCUUGCGCAAGCGUCAAGAGGAGUUGCAGAAGCCUCGAAGAUACGUGGUGCGGACUCAGCGGGGCUUCUUGAACGUCCACGCUGAUCCAGAUGACCCGUACCGCAGUGACAAUGUCGUUGGCCGUCUUUGGGAGGGUGAGAUUGUCACUGGCCUUGAAGACCGUGGCGACUGGCUCCGGCACGAUCAUGGAGGUUGGUCUAUUCGUUUCCACGGAGGAUUUGAAUGGUUACGGCCCUUGGACGAGUGA